AUGGAAGAACUCCCCGCGCCCAGCUCUGCUCGGGGAGAGACCGAGGAGCCGGGGUCCCUCGCAGAGGUCAUGGAAGAGGUGACAUCAUGUGCCUUCAACAGCCCUCUGUUCCAGCAGGAAGACAAGAGAGGGUUUACCUACCGGAUCCCAGCCCUGCUCUACGUGCCCCCCACCCACACCUUCCUGGCCUUUGCAGAGAAGCGUUCUUCAAGAAGGGAUGAGGAUGCUCUCCACCUGGUGCUGAGGCGCGGGUUGAGGACUGGGCACUUGGUACAGUGGGAACCCAUGAAGCCACUGAUGGAAGCCACAUUACCUGGUCAUCGGACCAUGAACCCCUGUCCUGUGUGGGAGCAGAAGAAUGGUCGUGUAUACCUGUUCUUCAUCUGUGUGCGGGGCCAUGUCACCGAGCAUCAACAAAUUGUGUCAGGCAGAAAUGCUGCCCGCCUCUGCUUCAUCUACAGUCAGGAUGCUGGAUGUUCGUGGAGUGAGGUCAGGGACUUAACUGAGGAGGUCAUUGGCCCAGAGGUGAAGCAUUGGGCCACAUUUGCUGUGGGCCCAGGUCAUGGCAUCCAGCUACAAUCGGGGAGGCUGGUUGUCCCUGCAUAUGUCUACUACAUCCCUUACUGGUUCUUUUGUUUCCGGUUACCAUGUAAAGCCAGGCCUCAUUCCCUGAUGAUCUACAGUGAUGACUUAGGGACCACAUGGCACCAUGGCAGGCUCAUUAGGCCCAUGGUGACAGUGGAGUGUGAAGUGGCAGAGGUGACUGGGAGGGCUGGCCACCCUGUGCUAUAUUGCAGUGCCCGGACACCAAACAGGUGCCGGGCAGAGGCUCUCAGCAUUGAUCAUGGUGAAUGCUUUCAGAGACUGGCCCUGAGCCGACAGCUCUGUGAGCCCCCACAUGGCUGCCAAGGCAGUGUGGUGAGUUUCCGGCCCCUGGAGAUCUCACGUAGGUGCCAAGACCCUAGUGACAAAGAUGUUCCCACCAUUCAGCAGAGCUCUCUGCUGGACAGUCCGCUGAGGCUGGAGGAGGAAAGUGGAGCAUUAUCAGAAUCAUGGCUCUUGUACUCACACCCAACCAGUAGAAAACGGAGGAUUGACCUAGGCAUCUACCUCAACCAAACCCCCUUGGAGGCUGCCUGCUGGUCCCCCCCUUGGAUCUUGCACUGUGGACCCUGUGGCUACUCUGAUCUGGCUGCUCUGGAGGAGGAGGGCUUGUUUGGGUGUUUGUUUGAGUGUGGUAUCAAGCGGGAGUGUGAACAGAUUGCCUUCCGCCUGUUUACAGACCAAGACAUCUUGAGCCACAUACAGGGAGACUUCACCAGCCCUGGUAGGAAUCUAAGCUAAUUCAAGACAAACUAAUUGGCUUAGGAUCCAACUUUCCCUAGGAGGUAAUGGCAACCAUAGCCAGGAUAACAGAGGUCUGCAGAGAAUCCAAAAACUUAAUAUUCUGCUCUCUACAUUUUUUUACUUCUCCCCCACCAAGGUCAAAAUGAAAAUUUUGUCAUAGCUACUGCAGUGGGAAGAGCACUGAACUGGGAGUUGGGAGACCAUGGUGUGGUCCUGGCUCUGCCACUGGCUUGCUUUAGGACCUUGGAAGUGUCGUCUGAACUCUGGGCCUCAGGUCUCCAUCUGUAAAAUGAGAGGAUUGGUUCUGUGAUUUCUUAUCUUCCCAUCCCUAGGAGAGGCAGAGUGUCUGCUCCAUGAUCAGCAAGUCCUGGCUGCCUAAGGAACUUUGAUCUCAAAAUGGAAAUCAGAGGCUGUAUCUUUUCAAAUGACUUGCCUCUCAUCCAAGUGUGAGGUUACAAGCAGGUGUCAUGGCAGGAAGGAAGAUCUGGAUGGUUUGUUCCAUUUUUAAUAAGAGAAACACCAACACCCUUCCAAUCAUGCUCAGAGCUUUUCAGGCUGUCUAUCCUAGAGGAAUUGAGCAAAACGGAAGAAUCAUGAGGUCACCUGCCUUCUCCAGCUUUGCAGUGCUGCUCAACCUUCCCUUCUUCAUCCAGAUAGCAUCAUUUCUCAGGGAGAAAAAUGAGAAGAUCAGUGCCAGUGGUCCUUGAUAAUCAUGCUUAUUGCUUCUGAUGGCAUUACCCUGAUGAAAGAUGAGCCUGAAGGUCACUUAGUAGGAUGGUGUUUGAUGGGAAAAGGACUUGGGAGGAACAAACAUGAGGCAGGAAGGAGGAAGGAGUGAGGAGUGGGCAAUUUAGAGAUGGAUAUCUUAUGAGUGGUGCUGCUAGACAUCUCUGGUCCACACUGGUAUGUAACUGAGGUCCCUUCCUUGACUCCCUUCUUGGAUAGUCCUAAAGAAGUCUUGGUAUUCUCAUUCUCUUUAUCCUUUAGCCCUGGCUGUAGCAUUUAUCCACCCUCCCUGUUCCUAUCUAUUUGGGGUAUAGUGCACAGGAAAGCUUUGCUGAAGAAGGAGUUUCUACUACUCAGGAGGGGGCUGCCCUUUUGGUCCUCUCCCCUUCCCCCAAUUCCUCCUUGUACUAACAAGCCUCUCCACCCCUAGACCCCCACCACCCUCUACUUGCUAACUUGACAGAGGUCUUCCCUGACAGUAGGCUUCAUAUA